AUGUACAAUUGCCUCUCUCGCGACCUCGGUGCAGUUGGUGAUGGCAUCGAGUACGUCAUGGCUGAAAUCCUCAUGAACCCACCCAUAAAGGGCCUCAGAAGAAACAGCCUCUUUAACCUCAACGUAUACUGCAGCCCCAGCUACAGCAGGGCGAGGGCGAACUCUCUCCUUAAAAGGGCCGUCAGGCUGGCCGGUGGGCACCCCCUUGUCGUCGUCGGGGAUUUCAACACCCCACAUAGGGUGCGGGGGUACACCCAUGACACACCCAAGAGACGCGAGCUGUGGCAGACUGCGAUGGAAGUGGACUUGACCCUUAUCACCGAUAAGGAUUUCCCCACUAGGAGAGGCAACUCCACAUGCCGGGACACUACCACAGACCUCUCUUUUGUCAAGAACGUAGGGGAGGUCAAGUGGGUAAACAGGGCUCUAGACCUCCGAAGUGACCACUAUGUCAUGGAAGUCUCCCUCGCGAUUGCCCGCUAUAGGACGAGGAAAUUCAAGUUGAUCGACUGGGACGUUUUCAGCAAGAUGAGAGCCGAGCGCGCACUGAUGGCCGAGACAGAUUUUGAAGGUUGGUGUAAAGGGUUCCGUGGUGGCACCGUGGUGGCAACCAAGGAGGUCGUCACUGACCUCGACGUGGAAAAGAAGGAUAGCAGGUUGGUGCACCUGCUGGAAGCCAAGCAAGCCUUCCUCACGAGAUGGAAGGGGCAGAAGCAUAACAGGAGACUCCGCAAGAAGGCUUCCAAAGUUAACAGGGAGAUCGAACAGCACUGCAAGAACCUGUGCAAACAACAAUGGGAGGAGCUCUGCGAAUCCGUCGAGGGUCAGCUCAGAUCACGAAAGAGCUGGGGUCUGCUCAAACACCUUCUCGAUGAGGCCAGCACCAGAUGCAGCCAGAGACGAUCCCUCGCGCAAGCCAUGCACCUCGCUACGAGAUCUGCCUCGGGCGAGAUGAUUGUCGACAGGCUCAUAAACAAGUACCUGCCAGUAGCGGCUAGCUCUGCCCCUACCGAAUUCCCGGACUACGCAGGAUGUGCGGUGCCGGAGUUGUACCAGGACUUUACUGCGGUUGAGAUCCGAGAUGUCCUCUUGUCCCUCAGCGUCAAAUCUGCCGCUGGCCCAGAUGGCGUCACUAACAGGAUGCUCAGGAAUCUCGAUGAUGAGUCGGUCGACUUUCUCACUGAAAGGAUUAAUGAAGUCUGGCGCAGUGGACAAGUCGUCACACAAUGGAAGAUGGCCUGCACGGUACUCAUCCCCAAACCCGGUAAAGCACCAGGCAUCAACAAUCUAAGACCGAUUUUCCUGACGUUCUGUGUCGGUAAGGUCGCAGAGCAUGCCCUGCUCAACCGGCUCAAGGUGCACAUCGAGACCAAUGACAUGUACACCCACAACAUGAUUGGCUGUGGGUGUAACAAAAUAAGACAGUUACCAUGUGACGUGCUCACUCGCGCCUACAUUAUAGCAGUGUGA